UCUACCAGUCAUUCUAUUAAAACAAACGAAAUAAAAUUAUUACCAAAUUAUUUAGUAGCUUUUUUAAAAUUUUUUUUUUUAAUACUAACUAAAAUGAGUGAUACAAAUCACACAGUAUUAAAUAUUAUUACAAAAAUGCUGAGGUAUCUCGGAAUUUGGUCAUUUCAUUCAACAGCACCGACAGUUUUCAGAAUAUUACAUUCAAUUAUUCGACUAUGUACUAUUAGUAUAUACGUAUUGGUACUCUUAGGCUCUGGAGUAGAUUGUCUUGAUAAUUAUAAAGAUUUAACAAAAGUUACAGAAAAUAUAUGUCUUUUCAUUGGUUCGGGUACAACAAUAGUAAAAAUUUUGAUUUUUUAUCUGCGAGAAAAUACUAUAUUGAAAUAUGUCAAGGAUGUUACUCACUCUAUUGAUGUAUUACAACAUUCAAGUGAUUCACAAGUAUUAAACGUAAUAAAGAUCACAGGACGUCAAGACAUUAAAGAGUUUUGGUUUCUCAGUAUUGUUUUAUCAAUUGCGAGUCUUAUGCGAAUUUUGGCUGGUCGUAAAAGAGAGAACGGAUUACCAUUACCUGUAUAUCAUCCAUUUGAUACAAGCGAAUCACCAAUUCAUCAAAUUUUGUAUAUUUUACAUUCAUACUGUAUAGUAUACAAUCUAACGGCCCUAUUGAUGACUGAUUACUUAAUAGUUUUAUGCAUAAAAUGGCUAACAGUUCAGUUAAGAAUCAUAGCAUCAAACUAUCAAAACUGCGAUAGCAAUUUAGUUGAAAGAUCCGGUUUCAAUUCAACUUCCCUCGACUCAAAAACUUUAGAUAAUCAAGAAAAUAUACACACAGAUAUUAAUGAUAUCGAAAUAAAAACUUUUGUACCAUUUGAACAAGUACAUCAAGAUCAUAAUAAUAAUGAUGAUUUUAAUGAUUGUUUCAAUGAAAGAUUCAAGAUAUGUGUAAAACAGCAUCAAAAAAUAAUAAAAAUUGUUGACGAACUUAAUGCCACUUUUAGUGUUUAUAUGCUUAUGCAAGUUGCCAUAAGUACUGGUCUACUAUGUUUUAAUGGUUUCCAAGUGAUUGUCGGCAAAGAUAGCUCGGUUGUUAUAAAAUUUUUUUUAGGCUUAGUCAUAGCUUUAAUUCAACUACUAUUCUGGUGCUGGUACGGAAAUAACUUUGUUUCCAUGGCUGACUCAUUAACAAAUUGCCAAUGGUUUUCUGGAUGGGAAAAUUCAUAUAACGGUAGUUUAAAAAAUCUUUUGACUAUUUCAAUGAUUCAGAGCUUGCGACCUCUCGAAUUUCAUGCGAUUGGUCUUUUUAGAUUCACCAUACCAACAUUCCUCGAUAUAAUCAGAAAAUCAUAUUCUGUCUUUAUACUCUUGAAGCAAACCGUUACUACCGAUUAGUAAUGUAUUAAUUUAAAUUAAUUAUUUUUAUUAACUUAUAAUCUGUGUGAUUUGGAAUUGUUUGGGUUAACAAUUAAUUGAGGAAAGUAUGUAAUUAUGUAUUAUUGAAACAAAAAAUCAGCAGUAGAGUGAAAUAUUGAGAAAAUUAUUAUAUUUUUAACCGGAAAAAGUGAUUACACUACAAGUCGUAAGGCCAAGAGUGUUUUUGUUUUUUAAGUUGCGAAGAUUCAAGAAAAGUCAUUAGUUAUAUAGUGAAAUAAUGAUUUUCAUCAACCUGGUAGAAAUUUUUCCAGACCUGCCCCAUUACAAAUCAGCCCCCAUUUAAGGCAUAGCUAAUACUUGAAUGGGUUUACAAAUAACUAGAAAAACCAAAAAAACAUUACAGCCCGGUUAGGAAUUUGACCGAGUGCCCGCUAUCCGGGUACCCGGGUCAAAAAUAAAACUUGAUUCAGGCUCGCUUCGCCUUAUUUUCUUUUGAAGUUAUCGAUUUGCCGACGAUUUUUUGAUAAGAUCUCGAGUAUUUCGACUUAAAUUUAAUUUUUUUCAACUAUUUGAACUUUUUUCAUCUUAGUUUCAACUUAUUCGUCUUUACUUUGAGCCCGAUAGUCAUUCACAUUACUUUUGACUUGCUAAACCAAGUCGAAAAAAAGUCAUUUAUUCGCCUUACUUUCGCCUUAAUAUAUAAAAAUUAUUUCACCUCAGUUCUGACUUUUUCCACUUAUAAUUUAAGUCGAAUAAGUCUACAUCAAGUCAGUUUCGACUUGAUUUAGACUUUUUCGCCGCACAUUUUAAGUCGAAUAAGUCUAAACCAAGUCAAUUUCACCUUGAUUUCAACUUUUUCGUUUUAAAUCGUGACUAAGUAAGCCAGUUCAGUCUGAACCAAGGCGAAAACUUAAUAUAUUUCAUACCUCCGUAAAAAAAGUCGAGUUUGUCUUGUGAAAAACGGCUCCAAAUUUCGACUUGGUAAACCAAGUCUUAAUCAAGUUUUUUUUGACCCGGGUAUCGUUGAAUAUUCAGAUGCCUGUCCAGGCGCUUAAUUUAAAUUUCUAUCAGGGUAAAAUAGUAUAGUACUCAUUUAUAACCAUAAAUAUAAUAAAUGAACGUCAUGAUGCACAAAUUUAAUAAUCCAAAAAUAUCCCAAGUCAUGAUAAUUUCAAAUUACACAGACAUUAUCAGCUUCAAUAGAGAUAUAGGGUAGAGGUACCGUUUUUGGCCAGUUUUGGACACUUAAAAAAUUUAAACAAAAUAUUUUAUGAAAGACACAAUGACAUAAUUCAUUUGAAAAAUGUAUUCAAAGAUACUUUCAGUCCAUUAUAAAGAUGGAAAUUUUAUUUGAGACUUUUUCAUUAAUUAAAGUAAAGUAUUAAAUGUCCAAAAAUAGAGCAGUGGCCACAAAUGGUACUUCUACCCUAUGCUCGACAUACGUGCCAACAAAUAAAAAUAUAAUCAUUGAUGUCAAUUGUUAAAUACUUGUCUUUUAUAUGUUUAUAAUAAAACAUCUUCAGCACUUUCAUUAUCACGACUACCAUUUUAUUCCUUUCAUUAUAAUAUUUUCAUAACUAGAUUUAACCAAAAACUACAACAAAAUUUCUUUAAUGAAUCAUUGAAACCACAGAAGUUCUGGUGAAAAUUAUCGACAGUUAUUUGCAUUGAAUUUGUUAUUAUUAUUAUUAGGUACUGUUACUGUCUUAGGCAGAUUUUUUAACGACAAACCAGUGGAUGACUGGAUGGGAAA